GUGACAGUGUUCACUGAGUUGAUUGAACCGAUUGAACGAUGGGGAAUGGUUUCCCGGUAAUCGUGUAGUGUUUGUGUUUUGUAGGUUCUCUUAAAAUAAAAUAUGGCACCAAAGAAGCGGGAUAAAGAACAAGAAACAUCAAAAAAUCAGAGAAUGGAUCCAGUGCAAGCUGACCAUGAAUUGUUUCUGCAAGCUUUUGAAAAGCCGACGCAGAUCUACCGGUUCCUGCGCACCCGGAACAUGAAGUCGCCCAUCUUCCUGAACCGCACGCUCAGCUACAUGCGCCAGAGGAUGUCGCGCUCACACAAGGGGCGGCAGGGCUUUAAGGUGGACGGCUUGCUGGAGCGCUCCAAGCAAAGGCAGCGCGAGGUGCCCCUGGGCGCCGCUGCCAGCUUCAUGACCAUCACUUUCCUCGGCUUUUACCACAGAGAUCCACCCCAGGACCAGGUGAAGGUGGAGACGUUCCUGGUCAAGGUGUCCCACAAGCGUAGGAAGGACGUGUCGUCGCCGGUCAUGCAGGUUUCGGUGGGCGUGAGCGAAGUGCCUACCAACCCGUCGGAGGAGCAGCCCCCGACCAAGGCCCCCACCGUCUCCAUUCCCACCGAGUCGUUCCGGUUGUCCAACGGCCACCUCGUCAAGUCGUACGUGCUGCUGCUGAGGGUGUCGUGUGCGUGCCAGGCGGCUGGCACUCUGCAGUCCUCCGAGGGAGACUCCGAGCCGGCGCAGAAGCGACGCAAGGCGGCAGGCUGGCGCUCGGCGGAGGAGAGGCUGUAUGGCUCCGAGCUGGUGGUGUACGACAAGCACCGCCGCUGCCUGCUGGCGGACGGGGAGUACGAGCUGGUGCUGGGAGAGAUGCAAGGCAGUGUCAGGUACUCCCCCAAGAAGCACUCGUCCUGGGAGACCAUCGGCCAGAUAGACGAGGAGUGUGGGCCGUUCGAGGUGUUCAGUCAGCGGCCGACGCUCAAGUUCCGCCUGACGUGGAGCGCAGAGUCCAUCAGCGGGAUGGUGGACCGGCCGCGGCCAAUCACGUUGCUCGACAGUGUCAACGACAGCAGCAACAAGGAGAACCGUCCUGAGCGCUGCAACACCAACUGCCCGGCGAUGAUGGCUGCCAACCCGAGCGUGUGCAGCAGCGGCAGCAGCAACACAUCGUCGGGCGCGGUGCGUUGCGAGGAGGGCAGUGGCGUGGCUGCACCUUUGCCCCGGCCACAGAUAGUCUACCAGUUCCUGUACAACAACAACAGCCGGCAGCAGACGGAGUCCCUGGUGGACAUGCACUGUCCCUGGUGCUCGUUGGACUGUGUGUCGCUGUAUGCACUGCUCAAGCAUCUCAAGCUGUGUCACCCCCGCUUCUCCUUCACCUACGUGCCAAUAGCCCAGGGGGCGCGCAUCGACGUGGCUCUGAACGAGUGCUAUGAUGGCUCGUACUCAGGCAGUCCCCACGACCUGAUCUCACAGCCUCCAGGCUUCGCAUUCUCUCGGGACGGCCCCAUGCGACGCACAGUCGUCUCCAACAUCCUGGUGUGCCGCCCCAAGAGGCCCAAGCCCAGCCUUUCAGAGUUCCUGGAGCUGGACGAGAGCGAGUUCGACGGCCAGCGCCCCUACAUGGUCGGCCACAACAGGCUGUACCAUCACACCACCACCUGCCUGCCCAUCUACCCCAAGGAGAUGGAUGUGGACUCGGAGGGAGAGCAUGACCCCAAGUGGCUGCAGACCAAGACCAUGAUGAUGAUCGACGAGUUCCUGGACGUCAACGAGGGCGAAAAGGAGCUCAUGAAGAUGUGGAAUCUCCACAUCAUGAAGCACGGGUUCGUGGGUGACUGCCAGAUCCCGCUGGCAUGCACGCUCUUCCUAGAGUCCAAGGGCCAGGAGCUGCUCCGCAGGAACCUCUACCGCAACUUCCUGGUGCACAUGUGCAGCUUGUUCGACUUUGGUCUCAUCAGCCCACUUGAGAUAUACAACAUCUUCCAGAAAGUUCAGGACAUGACCAGCUCGGAUGAGGAGACCCGGCGCGUCCUGUGCACGUCUUGGGAGGUGCAGCGGUCCCGCUGGGUGGCCCAGGAGAAGCUGGGGCCCCCUGCGGAGCGCCGCAAACCUCAGGCCAAGGCCCCUGCCCCGGAGCCUCGUCGCAAGGCGCUGGCCGGCGCUGUGCAGAAUGUGCGUAAGGGCGACGCUCCUCCACGCCGCAAGUCCACGGGCCAUUCCCCUGCCUCCCCGGCUUGUCCCGAGGCCCUGCCCCCACGCAGGAAGUCGCUCAGCCUGACCACCGCCCAAGCCGACACGCACAGGCGGAAAGCUGGACACUUGGAUGGCUCGACAGCCAAGAGCACCAGCUAGCCACCGUGGGUGUGCCCCCGGGUUUCCUGAUGAUUUUCGAACAACCGGUGGCCCUUUCUCUCGGCCCGUCUAAAUUGUCAUGCCAAAUAUUUUGAUACAUUUUUCAAUGCCUCACUGCCCGUUUGAUACUCGUCAAAUAUUUUUAAUAUCAUAUUUGAUUCAGUGUUUUUUAAAUCUUAAGUUUCUAUACAUAUUUGGUUUUCAAAGUAUGUUUUUUUUUAUUAUUCAAUUUAGAUGUAUUUUUACAGAUGCUUAUUAUGUACUUGUGCGUAAUGAUGUGUCGGAAUUUAUUUAUCAUAAGAGUGUUGCCUGUUAAUAUUAAAAUGUUUUACAAGCCUUUGGCUGUUUUAUAUUCAUUCAAAUAUGCUGUACAUAUAUUUUCACAAUUGAUAAAAUAUAAAUGUUAAGUAUUGAAUUUUUAUUUUUAUUUUUCCAUUCCUUUAUUACAUAAUAUUUUGAAACCUAACCUUUUCUUAAGUAUUAACAAUUAAGCAGUAACAUGUUGUGAUGACCAACAUUAACACUAUAGAUUCCUAAAAUCAAAGUGCAGUAAAGUGUUAGAUUUGAUAAUGAACCAGUAAUCAUUUUGUGAAAGCUUUCUUGUGUUGCUCUCCUCAUUUAAUUUUAUUAACACAUUUGAAUGUGACUGCAUAUUUUUCUGUUUAUGUAUUGCAAAUAAAUACUUCUUCUGUAUGCAUUUUUUUUGCUAACUAUGUUUACAUACAUGAUUUGUGUUCUAAUGUAACCUAAUGUUUUAUUACCUAAAACCAGGCCUGUGCAGAUAUCAGUUUUUUUUAGUUUGAAUUGAAUACAAAUAAAAAAUAAUUGGCGAAUAAGAAUGUUGAAUUCAAAUACUAAAAAAGAGAAUUAGAAUCCCACUAAAAACAUUUUUUUUGUCAUGUAACGAUUUAUGAAGAAUUUAGCAAAUAAUACAAAAAGUGAUAGGCUGUUUAAGUUAAGUCAGCUAGAAUUAUUAUAUUGAAAAUAUAUUUUAAAAUGUUUAAAAUAGGAAACAAUAUUUUUUUAUUAUUAUGCAGCUAACCUAAUUUAACCUAACCAACCAACCUUUCAUUUCAGUUCCUAUGCACCUUAUGUUCCACAACCUGCUACUAUACGUAUUGAUCCAGAAAAUUUUGCAAACCACAAAAUACUGUGAAAUCCAUUGCAAUUUAAAAAAAAAAAAAAAUGCUGUAUUAUCCAAAUUAGUGAUUGAAUGAGCUCAUAUUUACGUACAUAAACCCUAGUCAUUAACGAAUUUCGUUAACAGAAUCCAGGUUAAAUGUAUUUUAGUUCAACAAUAUAAACACAAUUUUUGCUAAUUUUAUUUGAAAUCUUAAACAAUUAUUUACAUUUUUUAAAAUAUAUUUAGAGCCAUAACAUCUGUUUUGUCGUAGAUGCAUACAAGUAAACUGUUACUGUAUCACAUGAUGUUAGAUGGGUUAUUACUAUUGAUUUAUAUGCCGUUGAAACUACAAUUACUUCUUUUAAUUAAUGCCCAUUUCAAUGGAGUGUGUGAUUUGUGGUUUUGUAGUCCAUGAUUGAUGACUAAGUCAGACCUACUUUUGGUGCGUAUGACGAAAAUAAUACAAAUAAUAUUUUGUUUUUAUGUUUGAAUUGACAAAUAUGCCAUUUUUUGAAUUGUUUACACAAUUUUUUCAGUUACUGUUUAGCAAGACAUUAGCAAAAAAAAAAAAAAAAACAUUUAUUGCAUGUUUAAAACGUUGCUUAUUGUUUGGUUUUUUAUUAAGAAGUCCCAUUAAACAAAAAAUAAUGGGUAUUUAUUUCGCACAAAUUACUUAAUCUCAACAGUGAAUGCUGGUAUAUGACAAACUCACGAGGUACUCAAAAGCAAACGAAUAUUCGUUAUUUUGAAAUGUAAGUACUCAAAUUAAAUUUGAGUAGUUUAUUAUUUGUAUAGGUAUUCAAAAACUCAAAUUUUUGCACAGGCCUACCUAAAACAUAAUACUUAAAAGAGCCAUUAUUUUUAAGCUAUGAGAAAAAAUGCUUUUUCUAUUAUUUUCAGGCAUUUCAAGUUGUUAAUAAUUUACAUGUCUUGAUGGAUUUUAGAGGACUGUAAACGUAAUUUCAUUUAUUUUCCUUUUAUGAUAGAAAUGGAAUGAUUAAUUGCUUGUGGAUAUUUUCUAAUUGCUUAAGACAAAAUAAUUGGCCGCAUAACAUGCAUUUCAGGAUGGUUAAACUUUUUAACUUAUUUUCUAAUUACAAUUUUGGGCCAUCUUAGUAAUAAGAAAACAUUAACCUGUAAAAAUAUUAAUACUUCAAUUACAAAAAUGCUAUUUUUAUCUGUAUUUUUAUCUGUAUCUAUACUUGCUCAUUUUAGACCAAUUCAAAGUUGUGUGUUAAAUAUUUGCUAUUUUCUAAACAAAUAAAAUGUAACUAUUCUACCACCUAUUGUGAAAGCCUUAGUUAAAACAACCAUGAAAUAGUAAACCUUAUGUUCACCUUAUACCUCAACCGAUAGGUGCUGACAAGUAUUUGUCUGUUCAUUUUAUCAAUACCAAGUCUUCCUACCCUUUCAUGCUAUCUCGAAGUGAAUUAUGUAAGUUAUAGUUUUGUACCUAUAAAUUACUAAAGACUACAUUAAUCUUGGAUCGUGUUUGGAUUGGUAAAUUUGUUAUUUUGUAAUUUGUUAGGGUUCCGUAGGGAUUGUUCUGCACUCUGUCAUAACGCUGAUGCUGUUUAAACUAAGCAAUUUGCUUAUCAGUGUAAAGAGAUUGGCAGUUGAAGUAUCAUUUUUUUUAAUUACUAUAUCUUGAAAUCGUUAUAAGUAUUUGUAUGCCUUAUGUAAAAAUUUGCAGUGUCUUUAUUAUUAUUAAUUUUGUUGUAUCUUGCUCUUGUAAUUUGGUCACCACUAUAUGUAACUGUGUGCAUUGUACAUUAGUAGAAGAGAAAAUGUCUUGUGUCCAAAUAUUGGUUGAUAAAAUGAUGUUUUGAAGUUAAGUCCAAUGUGAGUAUUGGUGUUCAAAGUAACACCAAAUUUCUUUUUUAAAGUGUGGGUUUAGAUUGUGAAAGUUGACUGCAUCUGUAUUAUAAAUAUAUUGUAUUUUGUUUUUAUUUUAUUUUAGAGACUAUACAAGUGCUUAACUUUAGAUUUCUGUGAUAAAAUUAAGCAAAUUGUAAUUAAUGACUAUCCAUAAUUGUGUGGUACAUUAAUUGUAAUGUAAUGUGUGAAUAUUGUAUAGCCUGAAUUGUUUUUCUAACUUUGGUCUUAAUUAUUUGAAGUGUUGAGUUUGGUAGUAUUUAUGAUAAAUACAGACUUAAUUGUAUUUAGUAUGUUUUAAUGACAGUGUGAAUGAGGAAAGGUAACCAGAUUUUUGUUAUGUCCAGAGAUCUGAAAAAGUAGAUGUUAUUUCUUAAAUAAUUGGUGUUAUUUUUCUCAGAAAUAGGUGUUCUUUCCCCCCCCCCCCCCCCCCAGACUUCACAUGACAACCAUGGUUUUAAAUGAUAAUCUAAACAAUAUUUUGUUUUGAGAUGUCUUUGACAAAUUAUUAUUAAAAGCCAGUUUGAAUCAGUACUAAAACUUAUGGGAGCAAUUCAUAAAUCAACCUAUUUACUGCUUCAAUCGGAUUUAAUAUUUUUAGAAUACAAAUUAAAUUCCACGAAUGUUGGAUGUUAUUAAAACAAUAACUAUAAAACUAUGCCUGUAGAAAAUUUUAUAAACUAAUUUCAAGUAUUAUUUGUCGCAUUAAACUCUGUGUAUUUUGUAUUUGAUUUUUCAAUAGAAAAUGGUUUUUGCAUAUUUCAGCAUGACCAACAAAAAGUCUAAAAAUAUCUUAGAAAGCUGGUUUCUUCAACCUAGUACAGAUUUCUUCGACAUAGUUUUAUAUACAAGGACAAAUUUAAUCAAUAUUCUAUAAAUAUUACAAAAUCAUUUACCGUAGCACUCGCAUAAUUUUGCACUAUUAUUUUAGGGCGUUUAUAUUUAAGGAAAAAAAAAAAUUCUUGCAUAAAAGUGGCAUGAUGUUUUUGGUUCUGCUGUUAAGUUCCGAGUGUUUUAUGUAGACAGAAGCAAGAAAUUACAUUAAGGGGUUGCAGCAACUAUGCACCUGUCACGCAAAAGACAAAUGAUACAGAGGUGUAGGCCAUGCCGAGUCUGACGUUCCCAUCGUCGAAGAAAUGCGCUCACUGAAGUCUCAGUCAGUAAAGUACCAUGAUGAUUAAGACUACUAAGGCAGACAGAACAAGGGAACACCUGUACUUAUGCCCGACGGAAUGCCACUGCGCCUGCGCCGAAGCACGAGAGAGAGGGAACCCAGAAAACACAAAAAAAGUGACGAUCUCGGGGGAGAAGUUGAGGAAGAGAGGAGAGUCGGCAAGCACCGAAAGUCUUCUGUGUUGGAGAUGUCCUCUUCAGUCAAAAGUACUAAAAAUAAUGUAAAUUAAUUGAUUACAAUUACAAUACAUUUUUGACAUUGAUGUAUAACAUAAAGGAUUAAACAAAAUUCCUUCGAAAUUUGUCAAACACAUAGGUACAUAGUAGUUUUCAAUCUAAAAUGGCAUUUGUUAAAGUUUUUUAAUCUGGUUUUUAAGUUUAAAUCAACAUGUUUCAAGAUAAUUUUGUCAGAGACGUAGUGAAACUAUUUAGUAGAGAAAUAGGCAUGUAGUUCAAAAUAUUUACCUUGUUACCUUUUUUAUGAAUGGGAAUGACCUUGGCAAUCUUUUAUUUACAAGGGUAGGUGCCGUUUUCAAUACUGAUAUUAAAUAAAUGCUGCAGUUGAGUGGCAAGUAGUAAGAAACAGCCUUAUGUAAUAAAAUUUGGAAUGUUAUCAGGACCUGCAGACAGUGUGGAAUUUAUUGUUUUAGUUUUCCAUAGAACUAGACUCAUUGAUAUAUUAGCCACAGGGAUGUUAUAGCUACUAUAGUUAGAAUUAGGUUGGUUAAUGUUUCCAUUUGUAAUAACAUAGAUGCUAGAAAAUUAUUCAGCAAAGCUAUUAGCAAUGAGUAGAUUGUUAUUUGUAACUGAGUCAUCAACUUUAAGUGGAAAAUGUUGAUCAUUGUCCUUUCUCAUUAUUUUGGAAUUUUGUUUGAUUUUGUUAUUAAUAUUACGUACUAAGCCAUUUGUUUUUAUCUCUAAAUGGAAGUGACUUAGUUUCUUUACAGCAUUGAAAGAAUAAUGAAUAAUUAAUGAUAGUGAGGAUUCAUAUUGUGUUUACAUAAUUUGUGAUCAUACCUUUUCAGCUAUUUGAGACUUAAUUAGUUGUGUUGAAUACCAAUAUGGAUAUUUAGGAAUUUUCUUCACAGUAAUAGGUGUAUACAAUUUAAUGAGAUUAUUCAUUGUAUAAGUUAAAUGAUCAACCAUAAUAUUCUAGAUGACGACCAGUCAUGGUAUCUGAGAGCGUUGAAAAAGUCUGAGAUAGUCACUGAUGUUGUAGUUUAUAAAUGAAGAUGAUGCAUUUUUUUUAUUUAACAGUAUGUCAAAUUGAAGUUUUAUCUCCAAAGCAGAAUGAAAUGUAUCUUCUCUUAACAAGGGGAUUGAGAGCUUUAGUAACCAAACAACGAUCAAUAUUAGGUUGAGAAGUUGGGCAGAAGGCUGGGGAUUACCUUGUGUUCAGAAACUUAUCUUCAAGAUUUUCAAAGUAAGCUGUGUACUUUGAGUGUGUUGUUUGAGGGGGAAUAUAAAUGUUCCCAAUGAUGAAGAUUUUUUUGGUAGGUUGUGAAUUUUAUCCAGACUGCUUCGAUUUCGAUAACAUCAAAUUCUUGUGUAGGUUUUACGUUUCUGAAUUUAUGUUUGUUCACAGCAAUCAAAACCCUGCCACUUCUUUCCAUCAAAGUUUGUACUGGGUCUCUUAUCAGUCCUAAAGAAUAGGUAGUUGUCACUGAAAUAAUGUGAGUACUGUGUUGCGUGAAUCAUGUUUUAGUUAGACGUAUCAAAUCAUCAUUGUGAGUAAGGUUGACUAAAAAUUUGUUGCCUUGGUUCUUAUACCCAUUACGUUUUAAUAGAGAAGAAUAAACUCUGUGUUGUUAAUCUGCACAAAGAUUUAACAUGAUGCUUCUUCAGGCACCAAGGAAGAUGUAGAAGUAGCUGUAGAGGUGUUAGGAUUAAUCCAGGUAGAGAUGCUGGGCUCCUCUCUUGUGGAAGCAUGCUUAAGAUUUGUUCAGGGUGUAGUUUACUGUAAAAGGGGCUUAUCAGAAAACCACUUGGCCGGAAUACAAUAUUAUUAAUUCUGUUGAAGUCAUCUUCCAAAACCUGCACAUGGAAAGAAGCAUAAGAAUUGAAUUUUGUUUUAAGUUUAGUUACUUUAACUUGUGUCAAGUCUUGUACAGUUGGGUCAAAUCUGGUGAAAUUGCAUUUUGUCUAAUAGUGGCAACCUCUUACUGUAAAAAUGUGCAUAACAAAUCUUAAUUAGCUCAUUUAGGAUUUAUUAAAACUAGGGGUCACUUUAUAAUCACAAACUUAUCUCUUGACUCUGGAAGAGGGGAACAGAGCUGCUAGCAGCGUAGCUCAAUAGAAAAUGUUCACAUCUCACUCAAACACUCAGCAGCGAUGGGAACAGCUUAGUUGAAAAAUACAUCUGUGGUGCUAAACUGUUACUUAAGACACUUUAUACAGUCUGUUAAUGGCUACUGAUCCUCUGUGGGCUUGAUAGAUGAGACAGGAUAAACACUGUGCAGCGUUGGUGGCGACUGUUAGCGAAGGCAGGGAACGGCAGAGAGGAAGGGCAUGCAAAACAGACUGCAAGUGAGCGAUGACGGAGGGAUAAGGAGAGGCAGAGAAAGGUUGUGAUUAUGUGAGGGAAUACAGUAACAAUAUUUAGUGAGACAUGUUUCCUGCUGUCCCUGAGGGGCUGUACUGUCACACACAAGAUAAUUUCCUUAUCUGUAGUAGUUUGUAUGUGUGACUUUGGGAAUUGUGAUAACUUCUACACUGUUAUUGCUUUUAAGUGCGAAGCUGUGCCAUGUAUGGUUUGUAAUAUUAUUCAACCUGCAGAAGGUCGUGAAGGUCAGUUUCGAGAAAUGGAUUGCUGAUGGGAUGUGUACAGAUUGAGGAGUGUUGACGCACAAUACAGCUUGUAAAUAGACUGUGUGUUUGCCCCACGAGCUUGCAGCCAGACACCUUGUUCCAGAAGUGUACUUGUGCCAGAACUCCAGUCCGAGACAGCCCAUCGCUAGUCGGCAACUGUGGCUGCUGUGUUGGGAGUGUUGUGUGCGCAUGGACGAGAUUGCUUUCAGGGAAUUGUAGACACUAUUCUGGUUGCUGGAGAGCAGGAGUCUCUCAUGUUGCAAGUUCAUUACUCAUCUUAUUUGCUUUAAGCGAAAGGUAUGGGAGCCAAGGCCUGGGUUGUAACUACGUAUGUAAUUAUAUUUUUGAAAUCAACAGUAAUUUGUGGUUUUUAUCCACAUCUGUCGUGGAACCAUCAGAGUUUAAAAAUACUCGUUUCUCUCUAAGCAUGACAUACAUCUGGGAAAAAAUAUUGACAGAGAUAACUCUUUAGCCUCAAUAAAUAUUCAAUUAGUUGUUAUUUUCAAAAAUAUACUUUAAAGAAAAGCCAAAUGUUAUAAAAACUUGUGAUUGUGAAUUGCGAUCCAACUUUUCCCUUUAAAUAUAACUUGUAGAUAUUCACUGUACUGAUUUUGAGACAAAUACUACCAAAGAAUUUCCUGAUGGACCUGUGAUUUUAAGAAACAUUUUAUUGCUAAAUAUUUUUUUUUUUGCAGUUAUAUUAAAUAUUAGUGAUGUGGGAGAGAUGUGUUCAAUAUCACCCCUCGGCGUUAGGUUUGGCUCGGGGACUAGUCCCGCUCAGCUCUCUCCGGAAUGAGUGUGAUAUGGUUUGUAAGGUGUUGCACAUUAAAGUAUUUUCACACUGAGCCUGUUGAAAUAUUUAGGGAAAAUCUUUUGUAUAUCAAAAGAUAAAUGUGUUCAUGUAUUAAAAACUUUAAUAAACAGAAUAGAUUCUGAA